CUUUUUCACGACCCGCUCUCUCUUACCCCAGACAAGGCAGACCUCCCUGUGGGCCAUUGGUACCGUUUAAAUUCUCAAAUAAAACAGCAGCAAAACAGUUAAAAAAAACCCCGCAACCAUGAGCAGGAAAUUCUUCGUUGGUGGAAACUGGAAGAUGAACGGCGACAAGAAGAGCCUCGGGGAGCUCAUCAAGACCAUGAAUGGAGCCACGGUCGACUCCAAUGUCGAGGUUGUGUGCGGUGCCCCAGCAAUCUACCUGGACUUUGCCAGGUCCAACCUGGACGCCAAGUUUGGCGUGGCGGCCCAGAACUGCUACAAAGUUCCCAAGGGUGCCUUCACUGGGGAGAUCAGCCCUGCGAUGAUCAAGGACUGUGGCGUGAACUGGGUGAUUCUGGGACACUCUGAGAGGCGCCACGUCUUCGGAGAGAGUGAUGAGCUCAUCGGUCAGAAGACAGCACACGCUCUGGAGAGCGGCCUGGGUGUCAUCGCCUGCAUCGGCGAGAAGCUGGACGAGAGAGAGGGCGGCAUCACCGAGAAGGUCGUCUUUGCUCAGACCAAGGUCAUCGCAGACAAUGUAAAGGACUGGAGCAAGGUCGUGCUCGCUUACGAGCCUGUGUGGGCCAUUGGCACAGGCAAGACCGCUUCCCCACAGCAGGCUCAGGAAGUGCACGAGAAGCUGAGGGGCUGGCUGAAGACCAACGUGUCUGAGGCUGUAGCCAACUCUGUCAGGAUCAUCUAUGGAGGUUCUGUGACCGGUGGUACCUGCAAAGAGCUCGCCUCCCAGAAGGAUGUCGACGGUUUCCUCGUGGGCGGAGCCUCCCUCAAGCCAGAGUUUGUCGAAAUCAUCAACGCCAAGGCAUAAAAGAAAAACCUGGAAAACUGCAGUGAGACCAAGUCCAGAUUAGAGGCCAGCUCCAUUCAGACGAUUCAGCUCCAUCAUCCUUCACUGUCAGCACUUUGUCCUCUUCCCUCCUCAUUCAAAGUAUUUGUGUAUUGAGGUCAUUCCCUGCUUUUCCUUUUAUUUUUUUGUGGUAUAUUUGACAUGAAAAGAAAAGGGCAGGUUGACACGUGCACUGUACUGCACUGAAAAAGAGUUAAGUCCACUGAGAAUAAACCUUGUGCGUACUAACUUCCACACUGAGUGCUCAAGCUGUAAAGACUGACAAGAAUUACACCUUGAGGUGGACGGCCAGUCCUCGCCUUUACUUGAAAAGUUUGCGAAAAAACAUUUCUGUAAACAAUGUCACAGCUCUUGUCAAUCAGAUGUAUUUGUCUUUGUAAUAUGGGUGUCUCUUUUGUGUAAUUAUGAUGAUCUGUGGCUUUUUUUUUUUCUCCCUGUAGACGUGCAUGAUCCGCUCUCUCUCCGGCUGUUUGGCUGAGAGUAGAGCGUUCACUACAUGUUAAUCAUACUGUGUCAUGGCCGAUGGGUAUAAGGGUUUGAAGGCUGUAAGGUAACAUAAUAAACGCUUUAGAGACUGAG